GAUAACUGUUAAUUUAAGGUAGAAAAAGGAGAAGAUUUGGAAAGAAGGCGACUUGCUGUUGUUUGUACCGCGAAAGAGAAGGCAAGCAAAAAACGUCAUCCUCGGCGGAACAGGCGCGGAGGCUAAUCGUUAACCAAACCAACACAGAUCCCAUAACGCUUCGUCUAGGGUUUCGCUGAAUCCCCAAUUUUCCUAACCCCGACCGGACAUGCUCCUUCCCCGAUGGCCGUCGUAACCAGCAACGGCAAGCGCCGCCAACAUUGGCCAUCCGCGAAUUACCACUUUCCAUCUCCCAAUUCCAAAAGACCCAGAGUUUCAACAAUGUCCCAAAACCACGCGCAAUCCUUGUUAUCCUCGACUAGUAUCAUUUCAAGAAUCUCUAAGUACCCCGAAACCAAGCCACCACUGCAUAGGGAGGUUCACGCCCCGUGUAGACCACGUAAGUUUGAUUCUCCUGCCUUCAAUAGAAGUUUUCAUUAUCCUCGCAAAGAAGAGAUUAGUUACGACAAGGGCAACGUGCUCAGUAAAAACUACCAAAGGGCGAAAAAUUCUGCGUUGGCUAGCAUUAGGUUUGGGGAAAAGGGCAAGGAGGUGAUAGAAGUGGAUGCUGAUAGUUCCAAGGGUAUGGUGUCGGAGGAUUCGAGUGUGGAAGAAGAUGGACGAGAGCACAAGUGGCAAGAAGGUGGUGAUUUGGUUGUGACUGAGGUGAAGGAUUUGGAUGCUAAUAAGGAUAUGCAUGGUGUCCCUCAGCAGCAGUCAACUUCUUCCGUUGUUUCUGAGUUGACUAACGGUGAUCUGAAUGUGGUUAAUGCUGAGAAGAUGUUGGACACUCUUUCUUUGACUCCUGAGCAUGAUCUUUCCUCCGUUCAAGCCUACAAGAAGUUGCUCGAUGCUCUUGGCCAACGAAAUGAUACGCUUGAGAGGCUGAAGGCUGAAAUUCAAGUUAACGAGAAGCGUAUGUCCACAUUUGAAUUGUUGCGCCCAAAGAAGGAACUAGUUGAGGAAGUUCCAUUGGAACCUUUUAUUCCUCUUACUAAAGAGGAAGAAGUUGAGGUUGCACAUGCCUUUUCUGCCGACAGGAAAAAGAUCUUGGUUUCCCAUGAGAAAUCUGGCAUUGAGAUCUCUGGAGAAAAGUUUCAAUGCCUUAGACCGGGUGCAUGGUUAAACGAUGAGGUAAUAAAUAUGUACCUUGAAUUGCUGAAAGAGAGGGAGAGAAGAGAACCACUGAAGUUUCUGAACUGUCAUUUUUUCAAUACCUUUUUCUACAAAAAGUUAAUAAGUGGCAAGAAUGGGUAUGAUUUCAAAUCUGUGAGGAGAUGGACCAGCCAAAAGAAAUUGGGAUAUGGCCUACAUGAAUGUGAUAAAAUAUUUGUACCUAUUCAUAAAGAGAUUCAUUGGUGCUUGGCUGUUAUCAAUAAGAAAGAUAAGAAAUUUCAGUAUCUGGACUCACUGAGAGGAACAGAUGCCCGAGUGAUGAAAAUUCUGGCUAGCUAUAUUGUAGAUGAAGUAAAGGACAAGACUGGAAAAGAUAUUGAUGUAAGUUCUUGGAAAAAAGAAUUUGUUGAAGACCUUCCUGAGCAGCAGAAUGGGUAUGAUUGUGGGGUGUUUAUGAUCAAAUAUGCUGACUUCUAUAGCAGAAACUUGGGGUUGUGUUUCAACCAGGAACACAUGUCUUACUUUCGGCGCAGAACAGCUAAAGAAAUCUUGAGAUUAAAAGCUAACUAAGCAAAAGAAUAUUCAUUUUGUAUUUCCAUAUUGGAUUUUGGUCAUAAAAAAUCGAAACAAUCAUUAAUGUCAAUCAGUAGAGCACUUUUUGAUGAAGGAUCCUUCAUUCGUGUCACUAUCUUGACCGUAACCAUUCAAAAGUUCUGGCAUUUGCUAGAGAUUGUGGACGGGACUGAUCAUACUUAUCAUCCCGAUAUAUCCAGGUACACCAUGUUGGUAGUGUAGUAUGUAGUAGGUUGUAUAUGCUACGCAAAGGUGAAUCAUAGAUGAGAUGAGGCAUUAGGUUGUGGUUUUAAUUAUGUAAUGAUAAAUGUGCUCCCUCGCCUUUUUUGGUGUCUGGUUACUAUUUGCGUCCUUUUCUACUGAAAUUUGAACUUGGCUGUGGGGUGAUGUCAUAUAAGGUGCAUUAAGAGCAUUGAAGGAAACGGGGUAUUACUUUGCUUUUGAUUAUGACUUAAUCUGAUUUUAUAUGAAACAAUGUUAUGCAGCAUUUUA